UUACAAAUCCAGCAGCAGCAUUGUUUUAUCGUGUGUGGUUUUGCGGUUUUUCUUAUCGAAAAAAUCACUGAAAAUCGUUUCAAACGGGCAGUAUUUCCUAUUAAACCAGAUCUUUGCUUCGCAGAACAGUCAGUCGGUUCUAUUCUUCCCCGGACGACAAAAUGUCUUUCGUUGAUCUUUCCGGUGACGGAGGCGUCCAAAAGCAGAUUCUCCAGGAGGGAACCGGCACGGAGACGCCAUCAAACGGAUGCACCGUGGCACUCCACUACACCGGAACACUGGACUCCGACGGAAAGCAGUUCGAUUCCAGCCGGGACAGGAACGAGCCCUUCGAGUUCAAGCUUGGUCAGGGAUCGGUAAUCAAGGCGUUCGAUAUGGGCGUGGCCACGAUGAAACUGGGCGAACGGUGCAUAUUGAAGUGUGCACCAGAUUACGCGUACGGAGCUUCCGGAAGCCCGCCGAACAUUCCACCGAACUCGACGCUGAAUUUUGAGCUCGAGAUGCUCGGCUGGAAGGGUGAGGACUUGAGUCCCCAGUCAGAUCAGGGCAUUAUUCGGUUCAUUCAGAAGGUCGGAGAAGGCAAGAAGACACCGAACGAUGGAGCCUUCGUAAAAAUUCACUUCGUUGGCCAGUAUGAGGGAAAAGUCUUCGAAGAACGAGAUCUGGAGUUUACCCUCGGGGAAGGCGAGGAAGCCGGCGUGAUUGCCGGAGUGGAAAUUGCCCUGGAAAAGUUCAAGAAGAUGGAAACUUCCAAACUGAUUCUGAAACCGCAGUUUGCCUUUGGAGCGGAAGGAAAGCCCGAUCUGGGCGUACCGGCUAAUGCCGUUGUGGAGUACCUGGUGACGCUGAAGGAGUUCGAGCGCGAGCCGGACAGUUGGAAACUGGACGAUGCCGAACGGAUGGAGCAGGCCAAGCUAUUCAAGGAAAAAGGUACCGGCUACUUCAAGGAAAACAAAUUCAAGCUGGCACUGAAAAUGUACGAGAAAUCGCUGGGCUUCCUGUCGAGCAGUGAUUCUCAAGAAUCAAAGCAGUCUAAACUGGCCGUUUACUUGAAUAAAGCCUUGUGCCAUCAAAAGCUUAAUGAACACGAUGAAGCUAAGGAUGCGUGCAACGAAGCGUUGAACAUCGACAAGAAGAGUGUCAAGGCUUUGUACCGACGUGGCCAAUCCAAGCUGUCCUUGGGCGAUUUCGAAAGGGCAUUGGACGACUUCAACGCAGUUCGUGAAAUCGAACCGGAAAAUAAGGCUGCCCUCAACCAGGUCACAAUUUGCAAGCAGAAAAUCAAAGACUACAACGAACAGCAGAAGAAGGUUUUCGCCAACAUGUUCACCAAAUUUGCGAAAAGCGAUAAGCAGUAAAUUUUCCCAAACCCAACUCCUUCGUAUGAUUAUUGCUACCACUCCUACCUAACUGGAAACCGUAAAUGUACAACGUUCAGCGCGAAGAAGAGUGGCAAAGCAAACAGCCGGACGUGAUGAAGCAAAACUUUGGCGAAUGGCGUGAUGAUGAGCGGGAGCACGAACCGACCCGUUUCGAGCAGGAAAAUCCGGACGUCAUCAUGCUGAACGAAUCGUUGAAAGAUUUUAGAAAUAUGUAAAAGUUCACAUCUUGUGGUAUAGGUUCCAUCCUGCCGGACUUCCCAAGAACACGGUGCGAGUUUCAAUUGUUUUAGUAAUUGCUUUUCGAUGCAUCUCAGUGUAGCAUUUCCCAUAAAAUUCACCUUAGUAAUUAACGCAAAUGAGUUUAUCCUAUUUGAGAAAAGAUACACAUAACUAGUAUGUACAACAGAAAUGAAACGCAUCUUGUCAAAUGAAACAAAAUACAGAAUAAGCUUUGAUGAAAA